AAUUGCGCGCUUUGUUGCUAUUGGUUAUGACUUUCAGCCAAUCAGAGAUCGAGUUUACGACAAAUGGCCGAAAAUUGCGUAAAAAUGAAAAAUCGUAAACAAAUCGGAAAAACACGAAAAUUGGUCCGAUUUUCGGGUCCUCGAAGAGCGGCCACUCUUGAGAGGGACAUUGUUUUGACACAAGUCGUUGAAAGAGUGCGUUCGGGACAAGAAUUGUGGCGUCGAUUGUGCGGUGAUUCGGACGACGACCAAAAUGAUUUCCACGAUUUUGAUGGUUUCGACGCUUUCGACUGUUCGCCGAAAGAGUCGACGUCCGGGACGACGACACACACGACUGACGACGUCCGAGACGACGCUCAACACGACGUUCGGGACGACACACGUGACGAUGCGCCGCAUUUGGACACGAAUCACAUUCAACGACUUCUUCGCAAUCGUUGGGAACAAAGAAUCCGCCAAUUGGUGGCUGAAAAGCAAAAGCCCGAACUGAAGAGUCCAAUUCUGCGUAAAGCGCGUCUUCAGGUUAAUCCACAAACCAUUGCUCGCAUUCGAAGCCGAAUGACAGCCGAGAGUUCUGUCAAUCGAACGAAUCCAAGACCGACUCUGGCCAAAUCGGGUCAACCCGGUGUCAUCACGUGCGCGAUCUGCACUCAAACCAAAUUCUACGCUCACGUGCAGAGACGUUAUGGCGUCUUUUCGUGCGAACCUUGUUCCAAAUUCUUCGCGCGAUUUCUUCGUCAACCGAAACAGUUUUUCUGUUCGCAAAACGGCGAUUGUUUGCUUGAGGAGUCGUCGUCCAAGCGAUGUAAGGGCUGUUGGUUGAGUCAAUGCUUCCAAAAGUUUAAAGUCGAACAAAGCGUUCGUCAAAGCGUUUGUUCGGAAUUCGCGCCAAAACUCGUUUCUCCGCCAAACGUCGCGCUCAUCACUGUCGACACUCAAAGCACUCAAAGCUCUGAAACCAUUCAAAACAACAAAACCAAUGAUAACCACCUCUUAAUGGUCGCCCGACCCCAACGCCCGUCCGGACCUCGCGUCAAGCGUGUCUGUCGUUCGGCCGGAACUGCUUCCGGUCUUCGGCGCGCGACUUUCGCCGAAUCAGACGAUCAAACGGUUGACGUCUUUCUCUUUUCAACGCAUGCGCUCUCUUCGCAAGAAUGCGAUGGAUGUCGUUCUGAAGACUGCGUUAAAGACAACAAAAAGUUAUCAUCGGUUCCAAAGUCUUCGGGAAGACGUUUUCGACCAAACAAUUCGAAUCAAAGAUUUCCGCUUUCAGUCUCUUAAGUGCCUAAAAACGCGUUCUUUAUGUAAAUAAACGUUAUUUAUUGCAAAUGUCUUUCGCAAACC